CAUCUUUCAAGUUGUUGUAUGUGUAGGUAGUAACUACAAAAAUGAUCAUACAAUAGCCAGGAAGAUGUCAGAUGACCAGGAGAACGUCCCAGUGGGACGCAAGUCGGAAUCUCCAAAAGCCCCCUUUGUGGUCCCACGGAAACGUAUCGAGAAAUUUUAUAGACAUGAACUCGAAAUAGAGGAACUCAUAAAAUCAAUCGACCCACAUAACCAAUAUCCGGGUGAGAUUACUCUUUUAUAUGGUCAUGAAGGCAUCGGAAAGACCGAGAUGGUUCUCGAGGCUGCCUACCGUAUCCACGAACGAGACCACGACUGCGCAGUCUUUUGGGUUGCGACCACCGACCUCAGCAGCUACGGUAGGCUCUACCGCAAGAUCGGACACCAACUCGGGGUGGAAGAAAUCUAUGGCCGUAAUUUCGAUCCCAGAAUAUUAAUCAAGGAAGCCUUUCAACGUAUGCAAAGCUGGCUCAUCAUAAUCGAUGAUUUUAUGCCUCCCUAUGCCCAAGAUAUUUCAUUACUACGCAAGCUUCCUCAUUAUGAUAGAAAUAGUUCUAUCGCUCUCAUAUCUCGUCUUCAUCACAAUGAUGAGGAAGACAUCUUUCGCCAUUUUCGUUUUGGAAGAUAUCCGUCUUUAUACUUUGAUCGACAGAUCAAAGUAACCAAAAUGGGGAUUGAGGAAGCAAAGGAUAUGAUCCAACUUAGGUUAGGAACAAUCCAAGAAGACGAAAAGGAGAUAAUGGAAGACCUGUUGAUGCACUUGGAAUGUAUCCCCCUAGCAAUAAACCAAGCAUCCGCGUAUAUAGCAUCCAACACGGAUGUAACGAUAUCCCAAUACAUCAGCACUUACGAGUCGGCACAGUCUCAGCUUGAGAAAGAUCCAAGACCCAGAGAUGAAUUUGUUUCCCAGCUCGGCGAGUUCAGAAAGCUAGAGGCAGAGAUAGUCCAAGAGUCGGGGCCCAUAGCCACAACUUGGCGUAUAUCGUUUGAGCAUAUUUUGCAGACCCAUCCUGACGCGUUGGAAUAUCUCAAGUCGGCGUGCCUUUUAGCCAAAAGCGAUAUUCCCCUAUCCCUCCUCUCCAAGCCUUCAGAGGGAGAAAAACUGACUAAAGCAAUCGACACGCUUAAGGCAUACGGAUUCGUCAUCGAAGGAAACAAGCCAGACUCUCUUGAUAUUCAUCAAUGUGUUCGCUAUCUCAUGCGCGAUUGGUUACGAAAACGGAAAGAGUUUGAACAACGGGUCGAACUUGUGAUUCAACAACUUACCGACAAAUAUCCACCCCCUACAUAUGAGAAUAGGGAUAUUUGGAUGGGCUACCUACCACACGCAAAGGAAGCGCUAGAACUUCAAGAAAAGUUAUCUGACAAAGGGGAUAAGCUCCUUUUCAGGGUUACGGCGAGUAUUAUUAUCUUGGAAAGGGACUCCAAGACCGUACAGUACUACAGGGAAAUUUUGAAGAAAGAGAGGCAGAGUCUAGAAAGAGACCAUAGCGAUACAAUUGAGAUGGCAUCGCAUAUUCUUCACCGCCUACAGGAAGGCCCCCUAGGUGAUCGACUAGAGCGAAGGAAAGAGAUUCUUGAAAAAGAUCGACUGGAAAUGUAUGAUGGCCUGGAACAGUUGCUUCAAAAAGCUAUCUGUUGCGAAGCUAACCCUUCGAUGGAUACAAAUGCUCUUGUGGAUGAUACCCAAGAAGUGGGUACUUCAAGAAGUACUCUCGAAGUCAAACAUGACAGCAGUCCGGAACCAGAAGUCGACCUGAAUGACCCCGGUAAUGUUGAUCCACAACGACCCGGUAGUGAAGAAACAUGUAAGCCGGACGCAAGUUUGACAUUUAACAAGAGCUCAGUAGAUGAUUCAGGCAGUACAAGUGAGCUUGAAGAAUCGGAGGAUAAAACCUCGUUUUUGGAUUUGAUAUCUGUUCCUCGGACUCUCCCAGAAUUGGUUGACAUGAUUUUCAGCUUAUUUGGCAUACCACCAAGUAUCGAAGAACCGGUAUCACCAGGCAUGACUCGCAUAAGAUACAGAUGUGAAUGCGGAGCGGUCCUCUAUUACGAUGUUCUGAAACAUGGAUUAGGAAGUCCGGCCGAGAUGGAGACGACUCUAACAGACGCUGGCUCCAUACCACUUCAUAAUAACAGCCCUAUAGUUAAUCACCCAGCCGGUUCCGGCCAGCCGCAGAAUCCCGGGCCACCGUCAAGCCCUGCCGGCUAUUCUGCUACUAGCGCAGGUGUCCCCCGCCAGGGCGGUCAGCUUCCGGGUAAACAGACUACGGGAAAUGCCCAAUCAAUGUACUUGCUGCUUUUAAUUGACGAAGGCAAACCAUUACAUCGUUAUCAUGAGCAAAGUCUUCAAAAUACGUUCAAUGACAAGGAGUUGUUCGAGCUCUUACGAGACAAAUAUAAGAAGCUUAGAGGACAACCCUUGUUUUUCACAUUACGGAGUGUGAAGUCGGUUUCACUAGCUACUUUCCGAAUACACGACCCUGAUAAUAAACUUGCCGAGCUACACGAAAGGGAUUUGAUCUGUUCAGGGCAGGAUUGUGUUUGUUUCCCCCCUAAAGAGAAAGCCGGGACCACAAAUCAGGAAUAUCGCUGCUCACCAGUGCCCGAAAACAGUCCAGAUCGUCAUCCAGUAAUAAGCCGAAAAGAGCUCACACAUUACUUCAAAGAAAAUCACACUUUUACGAGUGGAAACAAAAGGAUAUACACUCAAGUUCCAAAGAAGACGGAGCUGCUUAAGCGAGACAAUAACGAUGAAAUGAGCAAUGCUUGGGGGAUCUAUUUUGAGGAGGGAUGGCAUUGGAGAACCAUCUACCUUCUUGUAUUCUUGACACUGUUGGGGUCUCUGACUUUUGGUAUCGUAUGGGCCGUGGUACAGGGGAGUAUAGGAGACGCAUUCACAGCAGCCUCAUUCGGAACUUCGGUCGGCGGUGCUUUCAUUGCUCUUCUGGCAUGGCGAAGCACGGAGGACUAGAUCGCCGUCGUCUAUGGAGAAUUUCCUCCGGGGAUCUCACUACUACUGAUACCGGUAUCAGUAGAGCUGCCAUCGACAACGCUUCUCUUUUCAUUUUCUUAGCCGCAUACGAUGCAACACCGACUAAACCAUCAGGCAGGUA